AAGCUCCGCGCCCGGCUCGGCCUCACUCCAUCCUCCCUCUCCGCUCCUCCCGCGCGUCCUCUGCGGAUCCCGGCGCUCCUCCGAGCAGGAUGAAAACCGACCUGGAGCUGGCGCUGGAAUGCGCCGUCAACGUCUACCACCGGUACGCGGUGCAGCGCCCCAUCGACGACUACCUGAGCAGGAGGGAGUUCUCCAAGCUGCUCAAGGAGACGGCCGAGCCCUUCCUGAGGAACACGGUGCCGCCCAACACCAGCACCGACAGCUACAUCGCGCAGCUCUUCGCCAAAGCCGACGCCAACCGCGACGGCCGCCUCAAGUUCACCGAGUUCCUGACCACGCUGAGCCUGGUGGCCAUCGAUGCCCACAACAGGUUCCACGAGGGCUCUGGUGAUGACCAUGACCACGACCACGACCACGGCCACGGCCAUGGCCACGGUCACGGUCACGGCCACGGUCACGGUCACGGUCACGGUCAUGGCCACGGUCACGGCCAUGGUCAUGGCCACGGUCACUGA